AUGUCUCGCAGAAGCAAUGAUGCUUCACCAGAAGAUUUGAGAAAAAAUUUGAAGAUUCAUUUGCCCAGACCUCCAUCCAUAGGCUUCUUCAGUAUGACCACAGAGCAGCAGAUCAAUGAGCAAGAGGAGUUGUUGAAGGAAAUGAUUCUGAUCAGCAAACGCCCCACUGCAAGUUGGAUAUCUUCUGCCUGCAAACUUGUGUGGCAAAAGUGCGACAGUGAGCUGCUGAGCAAAUUUUCCAAAUGCAUGGCAACUUGCUCCCAAUUUUGCUUUUCCAAAGCACUGCAAGCUACCUCUGGUGCCAAGUUGUCUCCUGCAGUGAAAAGACUUGUGAAAGUUAUCAACCAAAGUUCCUCUAGACCUUUGACCUGUGGUGACAAAUUGGUUCGAAAGCUGAAGAGGGAACGAUCUGAUGCAUCUGACAAAGCUGCUGGUUCUCCUGCUAAGAAGAGGCCAACCCAGAGCAGCUCCAGUACCAUGCCUGCAGUGGCAGAUGUACAGUCACUCUAUGCUUUGGCAGGUGUCUCCAUUGGCAAAACUUCUUCUAGCUCCAGAACUGCCAAUGCCACUGCUUCCUCUGUGGAUGGCAUUCUCAUUUCUUCUGAGGAGGAAAAGGAAGAUAGCACUGUGAAGUCUGUGAAACUUCUAUUUCCUCCUGUGGUGGAGAUUCCUCCUGUGGUGGAGAUUGCAUGCCAACUGCGAUCCAUCAGUCUGGACCUCAUUUUUGCAGCUGCUGCAGCAGAAGGUUCUGAUGGCCAGUAUCUUCGACUCUGCCAGGUUUGCAACACAGUCUCCUACCUGAGGAGGCAGGGAAGCAGCUGGUAUGACAAGCAGGGCAAUCCAAAGAGAUCCAAGGGUGCGAAGCAAAGACAAUGGAGUCAGUCCUUUGCAGCUGGAAAGCAUCCUCGGACAGGAGUGGACACCUGGAAACCUAUUCAGCGACAGGGGAAGUGGUGGAUUUGGAGCAGGGAAACCCACUGGAAAGCCUUUGAUACCUAUGAGGAAGCUUUAGCUGCCAAAGAAGGUAUCCAUGCCUCCAGGUCUCCAGCCCCUGCAGAAGCAGCUGCAACACCAGAAGAUGCUGCUUCAGCUACAGGGCCUGAGGCAGCAAAGGCUGCACCAUCUGCAUACAAGAGUGGGAGCAUUGCUGGUUUGGCACCACUCUGGGAGUUUGCAUACAACCAGAUGAGGCGAACACUGGAAGAACAGGAGCACAACUAUGGGAUGGCAACCAGUGCCAGGCCACCAGCUCCAUGGAGGAUGCCCCAGCCAGAAGCUCCAAAGGCAGCAGCUGUACCAGAAGGAUCCUUUGCUUUGGCCCCACCACCGAUCAAGGCUAUGCCACCCAGGCCUGACACUAUGAGCAAUGACCAGGUCCUGAACUACAUGGCUGGUGCCAUCAGUCAGCACCUGUUGGCAGCUUUGAUGCAAGGAUUUCCCAUGGCUAUGCCUCAUGCUGGUGGUAUCUUUAUCCGACCAGCCCCAAAGAUGCAUGCAUUGGCUGCUCCAAAGCCACCACCUCCAAAGGCACCAGCAGUGCCUGUGACUGUGCCAGGUGAUAGCACAGAUGAAGAGGAAGGUGAAGAAUCUCUGGAGCUCAAGAAGGAGCAGCAGAAUUUCCUCAACACUUUGAAGUACAGAGCCAACCAGUGCAACUCUACAGAAGCACAGGAGUUGCUGAAGGCCUACAACCAGUGCAAUCCAGAGAAGAAGAAAGGGCUCAUUGCCAAGUACAAGGCAGAAGGUGGCAUCAAAAAUUUGGCAUGGGUCACCAACUAUGUGGAGAAAGCGAAGGACUUGGAAGUCACCGAGACAAAGAUCACCAGGGGCUACUUCUAUGCAUCUGAGAUCCUCAGGAUGAAUGGCUUUCAGCAGGGCACUCUUGACCAGAAGACCGAGCAGAAGGUGUUGGAAGGUCUGUUGGCAGACUGCUACCAGGAGUUCCAGGUGGAUCCUUCAAACCCACCUCAGGAACUGAAACGGGAAAACAAGAAGGUACCCCACCUCACCAAGUACUGGUAUCAAAAAAGUACCAACACCUCCUCCGAGCAGAACAUCAAAGAGGCAGCCAUGGAAAUGAAGUUGGAUUGCCAGUCCAACAAUUUGAAGUCAGCCUUGGAAGCCUCUUCUGGGAGCAGCAGUGGCAUUGUCAAGGUGGAGAACCCAAAGUUCCUGGAGAUGAAGCAGGAGAUGGCCAUCACCCAGUCCAUGAAAACAAAUAUGGAGAAGGUUUUGGCUGCCACCGAGACUCUUCACAAGGACCUUGUGGCUGAGAACAAAGCAGAAGCCAAGGACUUGCUCAACAAGAUGCUGCCUGCCUUGACAGAAGCAGGACAAUUCUUGGACAAUGUGAGGAAGCUUUUGGCUGAGUGCAAAUCCUUUGACACUUCCACCGAUGUCAAAAAGAUCGAACCUAAGAUUACUGAGCUGAAGGCAGGUGCUUCUGCUGGUGCCCAUCACAUUGAUGGGUUGAAAGCCAUCAGCAAAAGGCUGAAGGCAAUUCAGUAG